AUGGGUGGUGAUAUCUUAAUCCAUGCCGGCGAUCUCACUGAUCGUGGAACACAUGAAGAAUUACGUAGUGCAUUUGACUGGCUUCUGUCAUUAGAUAAUUUCACGUACAAAAUAUUCAUUUCUGGCAACAUGGAUGGCAUUGGUUUGGACAAUUCUCAUCUCAGCAAUAGAGAACAAAAACGUUGCACACUAUUUCGAAAUAAUAAGAAUGUGAUCUAUCUGGAAAAUGACUCCUGCGAAGUGUUUGGUAUAAAAAUCUAUGGAUGUCCAUAUACACCAAAAUUUUAUGGUGGCUUUCAAUAUCCUCGACAGUCUGUGCAAGCAGAGAUGUUAUGGGACCGAGUUCCAGAAGAUUGUGAUAUUCUGAUCUCUCAUGGACCACCUGCUGACUUUUUCGAUACAAAUUCCAGAGGUGUACAUGUCGGUUGCGAGAAUUUAUGGAACACAAUCUCGAAAAGAGAUCGAUUGAAAGCAAUCAUAUUUGGUCAUGUUCAUCAUUCCUAUGGAUUUAAGCAAAAAGACAAUAAAUGGUUCAUCAAUGCUACACAAUAUAAUGGUAUUUAUCAAGGAGAUAUUCGUAAUCAACCAUUCGAACUUUACAUGCAAUCAUGGGAUAAAACGGUUUCUCAAGUUACUACCGCUUUCAUCAAGGAUGGCCCAAGAGAAUCCGGUUUAGGAAAGGAUAUCUGUGGAGGUCAACCAUUUUUUCAGAAUAAACAUCCAACAGAACGCAACAUAAUUGACGCUUACCUUCCAGAAGACAACGAAAACUUUUGA